UAUUAUUAUUUUGGUGGUGGACAACAUUGUUAAUUUGCUAUCAACAUUGAAAUCAGCAUUAAACAUGAACAGCGCGGGACCGAGUUGUAGGAUCUGCCUGCAACAACCCAAGACAGAAACACUAAUGCCAACGGAUGAGAAUUUCUGCUCCAAUAUUAAACAAUGUACCGGAGUUAUGUUCACGCAGGAAGUGGAGAUGCCCAAUAAGAUCUGCACCAGCUGCGCUUUGCUGUUGCGCGCCGCGCUCAGACUGCGAACACUAUGCCAGCAGGCCGAAGAGCAAUUGCGUCACUUGAAGCUAGAACAGCAACAGCCGCAGGAGCAGCAAAUGAAAUUGGACAGUGACAGUGAAAGUGAUGUUGCUCUAUCGGAGAUUGAGGGAGGCGUCUCUUACGAAUUGACGCUGGAGACGGAAAGCAUUACCCACACUGAGACAACUGUGCCCGAAACUAAAUCGGAGAGACAUCAGCCUGAGGAAAACAAAGGAAUAAACUAUGUUUGCAACAUCUGCAAUAAUGUCUAUUCGGAGAAGGUGAAACUGACGGCGCAUUUAAAGCUGCACAGCGUGCAUAAGCCACACGAGUGCGAAAUCUGUCACAAGCGCUUCCGACAGACGCCUCAACUAGCGCGUCAUAUGAACUCACACACUGGACUACGACCAUACAAGUGUGACUAUUGCGAGUCCUCCUUUGCAGAUCCUUCCACACGCAUCAAGCAUCAACGCAUCCACACAAAGGAGAGACCGUACAAAUGCAAAUACUGCACUAAGUCAUUUGCCUACUCGAAUGUGCUCAAUGUACACCUUAAAAUCCAUACGGGAGAGCGACCCUUUAGUUGUCAAUAUUGCGGUCGACGAUUCUCUCAGUUGCAUCACAAGAAUACGCAUGAACGCUCGCACCGAGCGAAGGAUUCAGAUUCGAUAAUGAUAACACUGGAGGAGGAAUAA